AUGGGAACCAACUUGGUUUACUUCCUGCACGUCCCACGGACAGCAGGGCGGACGUUCCAGAGCUGCUUGCUGAGAAUGGGCGUGCAUCCGGCUCUCAGAUGUCCUAAAGCCUAUGAUCACUUGCGUAUAACCAAUAUGAGCCAGCCCAACUGCUACUUGCUUAGUUCGCAUGACGACUUCAGCGUAGUUUCAAUGUUACCGCCGGAUGUUGCGGUCAUCACACAGCUUCGUGAUCCUGUAGAUCGAUUUUUGUCAGCAUAUGAGUUUGCAGUGGAGGUUGCAUCUCGGACGCUGCGGCGGCCAAAGAAUUUCCGCAAGCGGGUGGGCAGGAUCGCCACCGAGGACGUAUGGCCAUGGUCGUAUCUUGUGCCGUUCUUCGCAGAAGACCUGAAGGCCAAGGUGCCAGCUGCGCAGGCCAAGGUGCUGCCUCCGGGUGGCGUGUGGGCGGAGAUGGAGGACGGCGACCGCCGGUACUUCUUUAACAAAGCCACAAACGAGACGAGAGAUGCGCUCACGGAGGCAGAGGCGGCACAGGGCAUGCUGCCGCUCCUUGAUCCGUACGACAAUGAAUUGGUGCUAAGCCUCAAGGACUUUGCCAACCACCCCAUCGCGUCCGAGCUGUUGCACAACGGCGCGUCGUUCCAGGUGCUGGGGAUCACCAACUACUCCCACUGGGGCGACGCCGGUGGGUUCCGCGCCUGCCUGCUGCGAUACGAACAUCUGCGGGACCGGCUGCUGGAGGUGGCCAAGAAACGAGUGCAGCGCUUCACGCACGUGGGGACCACGGACCGCCUGUACGAGUCGGCGGCGUCGGCACUGGUGUCUCUGGGGUUCACGGUGGACAGCCCGGCUUACUCUGGAGGCGAUGAGGAUGUGGCGGGCCGUGGGGGAACGCGGCGACGGGCGGCGGAGGCGGCGAUGGCAAAGGCAAAGGCGGCAGCGGGCGGCGAUGGCAGCGGCAACGGUUGGGUGCCCGCUGCUGGCCAGCCAGUGAAUGGCGAGGCGGCCGCCAGGCUGCAGCUGCUGGCGAAGCUGGUUCGGGAGGCCCGCCGGCGGCUGCAGAACGCGCAAAUCGAGCUGGUGAACGCACAGAAGUCAAAUUCGGAUCCCGGCUUGGUCGCGAUGCUUCGGAACCGCGUCGAUUCGGCGCGCAAUGAGCUGAUCGAUGCACAGGAGAAUCUGGCGUCCGUGCGGGAGAUGCUGCCGGCGGACCUAGGCGGAGCUGGUGGCUCACAGCAACAACAACAGCAGCAGGAGUUCGACCUGGACGACUCAGCCGUCGCCAGCCAAGCAGCCCGGAGGAGAAGAUUGCUGCAGGACGACACCGCCUCCUCCGCCUCCUCCGCCUCCUCCACCUCACAGCAGCAUCAGGAGGACGGAGGCUCCGUCGGCGACUUGGACUCAGCCCAGGCGGAGGACAGGGCGGGGCAGAUGAGGAAGCUGAUCAGCAGGGUGACGUUUCCGAAAGUCGACGCGUUUGGAUACGAGCUGGACCCCAAGUAUAAGGAAAUAAGAAACUCUAAUGUGGGCAUGGAGUUUGUCCGCUGCGCCAACGCGGCUCAGGAGCGCUCCACCAGCCGCCGCGGUCAGUCGCUGUCGGUGCUGUCGACUGCGGACGGUCGCAAGGUUGUCUUCAGCAAGGCGGCGCGGAAACGUAUUCCGAAGGAGGUUAUCGACCUCAUACGCUCCUACAACACCAUGGACACCCCUCUUCACCAGCUCGGGCUGAGUCUGCUGGAUAAGCGGAUCGCGGAGCAGAAGGCCGAUCAGCUGUAUGAGGACCUGCCGCAAGCCCAGGCGAGGCGGAGCCACCCGCGUCAAGACACGCAAGUCAAGGCCGAUAAGAGUUCAGGCGGCGACGAGCUACGGUAG